AAUUAAAUAAAGCGCACGCCACUAGUUUCCCACGAAGCUUAAGAGCUGCCCGAAAACAAACAGGUCUUGCCACAAAUCCCUCUAAUUCCAUAUUGGUUUAACCGCGUUCGUCUGAAUGGAUUCGGUGUCGCUGACCCUCGCGCAGCCCCCAUAUCGCAUUUUGGUGUGAAUAAGCUCACUAAUGCUAAAUUAGCAUUACAUUUAUCGGGCACUUUAUGCCGAAUAUAUCCUACCAAUGAAGUGAUGCCUUGCAGAAAUAAUCAAAUGCAGACAUUAACGCGAUUGUUCAACCUUUCUCAAAAUUUAUAGAGAAUUUUCUCGUCACACACACAACCUGGCUUGUUUGCCAUGUUCUCAUUGUCGAAGCUACUGCAGCUGCUUCUCCUGUUAAACCCGGGCUACUGGCGAGGAGUUGUUGCUAGUCCCACCGAUGACAACGCAGCGCGGGGCGGCCAUGGAGACCACGGAGAGCCGGGUCAUAAAGAGACCCACCAGGAUUCAUACAGUACAUUUGCCUCGGAAUUCCUAGAGUCAAGAUAUCUAACAGAUGAGGGUUAUCCCUUCCCCACUGCCCCACCUGUAGAUCCAUUCGCUAAAAUCAAAGUGAGUGACUGUGGAAUAACCAAGGGUUGCGUCAGGUACGGGAAACCAGGCUGCGAUGCAGAGACCUGCGACUACUUCCUCAGCUAUCGCAGGAUUGGUGCUGAUGUGGAGUACGAAAUGAGCGCGGACACCGACGGCUGGGUGGCCGUGGGGUUCUCCUCCGAUAAGAAGAUGGGAGGGGAUGAUGUCAUGGGCUGCGUCCAUGACGACAACGGGCGAGUACGGAUACACCACUUCUACAACGUGGGCCAGUGGGCCAAGGAGAUCAAGAGGAACCCGGCACGCGAUGAGGAGGGCAUCUUCGAAAACAACCGGGUGACCUGCCGCUUCAAGCGGCCGCUCUAUGUGCCCCGCGAAGAAACGCUGGUGGACCUCCACUUAAGCUGGUACUACUUGUUCGCAUGGGGCCCCGCCAUCCAAGGAUCCAUCACCCGGCAUGACAUCGACUCGCCCCCUGUCUCCGAUCACAUGAUCAGCAUCUAUAAGUAUGAGGACAUCUUCAUGCCCUCCACGGCCUACCAGACUUUCUCCUCCCCCUUCUGCCUGCUGCUCAUUGUAGCGCUCACCUUUUACCUUCUCAUGGGAACCCCAUAGCCCCUCGAGGCGGAGAGAGAGUGCUGUCGAAAUGAGGGGACCAGCAAUAAUCAAAGAGACUGGGAAACACCAGUGCAUCACUGUCAAAGAGAACACACGACAAGGGUGUGUCAUGCAUAGAUAUACCGUAGACAUAUAAAUCUAGAACUCAAGAUGGAGCCUGCAGAUCAUUAAGCAAAUGAUUGUAGUGUUUCACCAUAAUCCACGCAAAGAAAACGUCCGUUAGCCUUAUAUCUUAUGGUGAUUCAGAAACAGGUGUUUCUCAAUAUUAGAGCCACUAUUAGUGUUAUUUAAUUUAUGGAGUAUUUAUUAUCUUUUAUGAUUAUGAGCAUUAGUAAUUAGCUGCCAGAUCUGCAUGUGCCAUUUUAGCCUCCCAGUGCCAAUGGACAGACUUGGGGCCUACACAAUGUGAAGAACACUGGACUGUGAAGCCAAACUGCACAGGAAAGUGGUGUGCCAUAGCUUCCCGCUGGAGCUUGCUGGAGCUUGCUGGUGCUGUGAAGAGCGAGUGUAGAUUCACCAGAUACGCAGCUCCUACGUUUCUUCUGUUCUCCAUGCCUUUACGAAAGAAGGUUCUAAUUAGUAUUGAGAGUUUUCAGUGGUAUAUUACAGUGCAGAAAAUCCAUUGCCAUAGAACUGAACUUGGUCACAAUGCCAAAUUCUACAAAUUUUCAAAAGUUCCACCAAAUUACAAUUUUGUUCUUCAACAUCUGGGAGACAGAAAUUUCAGUGUUAAGCACAGCGCUAACAAUUUGAGUCUAACAAUUCUGUGCUGUCAGUCAGCUUGUACCUUUCCUAGAGCUGCUGAAGUGGGUAUGGUUCAGCAUGGCAGAUACAUUUUGACAAUAUACACGUUGUCUCGUAUCAUUGCUUCCUUCCUGUGGUUUUGAGCAAUGUUCUAGCAUCUUGCAAACAAGGGCUAUUUACCGAAAAAAAGUUACUUUACAUUUAAUUGAUAAUCACCUCUUAAUUGUCUCUAAUCUGAACAUGAAAAUGAACCAAUAGGUAUUAAAAAGUGAAACAUUGCGGAAGAAUUUAGUUUAGAUAUACCACAGUUACAGCUGAUCAGUGGCCCAUAGCUGAGUUACCAAUGCUUGGCAAGUUGAACCAAGCACUGUCCUUGGGUUAUCUUUCCCAACAGAACCACACUGGAUGCCAUUCAGUAGAUUCAGGUCUGAAGGAAAGGAAAUAUUCAGUUUCAUGCAGAAAGGUCUAUUUUCAGUUCUUAAGCCAUGUUUUUUAUGCCUUUUUUCUGCAUAGACAAAAAUUAAACAUGUUAUUACUGUAUCACUAGUAAAAAAUAUAUUUUAAGUGUAUAGAACUGCAAAAUAAAUGAGUAAAUGAGUUAAUUUUAGGAGGAUGGGUACAAAUUUGAAGACAAAAUGCAGCUUAAAAUUUAAACAUUCCAUCCAGCUUUGAUCUGAGUCUCUCUGAUUACAAAAUCAACUCUGUUUAUAAAUCCUAUGGAACCAAUGCAAUACAAGUAGGGUUGCAUGAUAAUAUUGCAGUCGUAUCGAGGUCACCACAGAACAUCUUAAAACAAAUGUGUUGACCCAAUGCUAAGAUCAUGGCCAAUAUGAUGAAGCAACAUACAUGCAGCAGCAAGGUGACACAUUUUAUAUGUUGCUGAUACUGUAAAUUAAGUGAAAAUGAAAAGCUCAAAAACUAACCUGAUUAUAAACACCUUUAUUAAUAUUUGUAGUUUAUCAUGUUCACCAGCCAAACCCAUAAGCAAAGCUAUAUAGAGACACGGUAACUCAUUAAUCAUAUUCGCUGCUUAAUAAUGAAGUAAGCAAGUUGAAACAUUUUGGUAUACAGCUAAAAUUUGUUACAUUUUCCAUUCAUACAGUAUGUUGAUUUCUGUGCUCACCUACCUCUUCAGUGAAUGUGGAAAUUUAGCUGCAGCUUGCAUUUGUGCCAUCAUGUAAAACAGGACAGCAAUAGCAUUGGUAUUGCUCAAUACCAGACAAACACUGGUACAAAUUCUAAUUCCAUUUGGAUUUUAAUUUAAGAACACUGGCUAUAGGAAUUUUAAUAAAUUACACUAUUAUGUGCAUGAUGACAUUAUUACAGGUAUGGCGUAAUGGUAACGUUAACUCUUGUUCUGUUUGUUUGUCUCCAUCAGCAGCGCUGCGGUUUGAGGUAAAAGUGUCAAUUGAAGUGAAAACAUGAAUAUGGACAAUCUACUGCUUGUAUAAUACAUUCCCCUCUAGACUGCAUUGAGCAGGUGACCUUAUUCAAACCACAGAGACAAAAACAGCUUUUAAAGCUGUUUUUUAUCUACUGUAUUCAAAAUAACACAGUCCUCAGCAUUUGGAAAUGGGGAGGAAAGUUAUUCCCCCAAAGUUUGAGAAUGACUAAUGAUAUUUUGGCACACAAUUAUUCUGAUUACUUUUUUAUUUUAUUAAAAGCGCACAGCAGUUUUCUAGACCACAGACAAAUGCACAGAUAUAUGUGAAAACCUGCACAAAGAGAGAGUGUCUAGGGGUUGCAUAAAAAGUACUGUACUGAUGAGGGGAUGUUCGACUACAGCAUGAAUAGGAAUCAGGCAAUAUGCAAUAACACUUAUAUAGGUGUGAAGGAGAAAGCCGUUUCUAAUGACAGAAAGGCAGAGGGGUAAAAUAUUUUGACAAAAAAGGCUUCCUUUUGUUUUAAACUUUUCAUUGAAAAGUUUUGGAUUUUCUUAUGAAUCAUUCACACGGACGCACAACAGUUUUAAAAUAAUAAAACACCCAAGAGCCCUCUAAAUGAAUUUGUUUGUCUUUAAUCCAGACUGUAGCUGUGCUAAUGUAAAGGGACAGUUCAGAGAAAGUGAUCACAACCCAAGUUUAUUCCUGUACGUACCUGCUCCUUCUGGAACACCCCCUCAAACAAUCUUAUGUAUCUUUACUAUAUGUGUUCUUAAUAAAGAUGUUAUUAAGAAAAUUAAA